UCAGAAAGGCCAACCUAACUCGUGGGGCAGCAGAAAUAACCCUGAACGCUGGAAACAUCAGACUAGCGGGCAGUCGUGUUGUGCGUCUCAUAGUGUUAACUAGUGACAUCAAACAUGGUUCUGGAUACUGAAGACUGGGCUGAUGAGCUCCCCCCAGAACAAAUUGCCGUCCUCCGCAAGGCGUUCGAUGGCUUCGACCACAACCGCUCGGGCAGCAUCCCCUGUGACUUCGUCGCAGACAUCCUUCGGAUGAUGGGGCAGCCCUUCAACAAGAAAAUCCUUGAAGAGCUCAUUGAGGAAGUCGAUGCUGACAAGUCCGGCCGUCUUGAGUUCGGAGAGUUCGUCACGCUGGCAGCCAAGUUCAUCGUUGAGGAGGACGCGGAAGCUAUGCAGAAGGAACUCAGGGAAGCGUUCAGAUUAUACGACAAGGAAGGCAACGGUUACAUUCCCACGUCAAGCUUGCGCGAAAUCCUUCGCGAGUUGGACGAGCAGCUGACAGACGAAGAACUGGACGGCCUCAUCCAGGAGAUCGAUACCGACGGCAGCGGCACCGUCGACUUCGAUGAGUUCAUGGAGAUGAUGACAGGAGAAUAAACUUAUAUAUCUACACACUUUUUAUAUAUUUAUAUGAUAUAUUAUAAGGAAUCUCUACAUUUCGGUACUUCAACCUUUCGAGUCUUGGGAACAUUGGACGAGAUCACUUCUUUGCAAUGAAAUGAAAACAUCAAUCAAGUUUCAUUCGAGUCAAUAUCAUUAAAGUAUUAUGUAUGUAUUGUACAAAAUAAUAUUUUGUUCUUGUUUAAUUGAUGUGUGUGAUUGCGUAUAAUGUUUAUAUCUACUUUAUUAAUAAAUCUUUUAUUCUAUUA